AUUCUUGCAAGACAAUGUAGAAUCCCUUUUGUUUGGGAAUCUAUCUUAUUACAAGCAGAUAAAUGCUGUGAUAUAUAGUGUAUGCUUGGAUUUGUUAUAAAUGGAAUCUUAAUCUCUAUGAGUAUCUCUUGUUAAUAUAUACAUGUUUUUUCCACAUUUUUCUCCUAUAACCAGUGCUGUUUUUAGUUGUUUCUGAAUUAGACUUGAACUCUGAUUCUGAAACCGGCAGUUUUUCGUAAUUAAGUGAUUAUAUUUGAGGCCAGUGUUGCUCAAGAUUGGAGAAAUACUUGCACGACCAAUGAAUAAUUGACUCGUAUUUUGGUAAGCUAUUACGCGAAUGUGAAUUUUAAUGAUAGAUCAUGCGUCAUUCAAACCGCUUAAGAAGAUAAGUUUAUGUUCAGAUAUGAUACUUGUAUAGGGGAGAUGUAGAUGAGAUUUUACAAGUGCUAAGACGGCAGCACUUGAUUGGCUAUUUAACCCUUUUUUUUUUAGCGCAAAAUUUAAGUAAUGUUGUCACGUGACAUUCUGUAAAAAUGUACAUGUAGCAUUGUUCGUUUACUUUUGGCUGUUCCUAUUCACUACACGAUGCACCACCAGGCACCAACAGAGCGAGAGGCUUCGUAAAAAUCAAGUUUAUAUUCCUAUUUGGGAUAUAGGGUUUCUGUUUGUUCACGGUUUGCUAGUACUGUACGAGCAUCCAUGUGCUAUCUAUAGGCCGGUGGAGUGUAUGGAGCAAAAGAUACUUCAAAUGAUGUGUAUUUUUUCGAUGGUCGGCUCAUGUUAUUUUUAUCUUUAAUAUAUCCUUGUUGGACUCAAUUUUUAAUUAAAGACUUGUUACGUUAAAUUAGAUUAAGGUAAACCAAGAAUCUGUGACGUUUCGGAUAAACAUUUAAAAGUCGUAAUAAGCUAUAUUUAAUUAUAUUUAAUAUUGUGUACUAUAUUCUAACUUCAUACUUGGGGCACAAUUUUGUUGAUGUAUUGCAUUUUUAUAUGGGAUUUGGUGGAGUUUUUCCACUGCAACCUCAAAGUUCAACGGAGCUAGUUGUGAGAGGUUUCAUAAUUGGACAGCAAAGUGGACCAAUUAUUUCUUAUUUUCUACCAGCUUAAAAGCUACCCACCAAGAUUUUUAAUCAAUUUUUAUAUUCCCAUUAUUGGUAGAAGAGAUAUUCAAAUGUCUAAAUCAACAAUUUGUGAAGAAAAACAAGAGAGAGAAAGACAUUCGAGUAAUAAGUUGGACUUGUACCUAUAAAUGCUUAAGCAAUCUCCUUGAUUAUAGGACUGGAAGUUAGAAAAAAAGAUCUGCUUUGCCCAUACUAUUGUAAAGGACUCUCCACUGGGCUCAUGGAGAUCUCAAACGUCAGUUGCUUGACAGAAUUGAGAAUAGAUGAUCAUGGUUUCAUUCACCAAUGGCCUGUAAACUCACUCGAUGACCUGAGCAGAGUGUCUAUGGCUGCUGCGUUUGGUAAUCAGGAGUUGCAUCAGCCUUUCUCUCAGUCAAUGUUCGACUAUAAACGGACACCAGAACUGAAAACUGACACUUGGAAUUCUUGCAAUUUUGAGCAAAUACCAAAUCCACCUCUGUCCAACAAUCUUCAUUUGGUCAAUUCAAAUUACACUAAUCAAGUAGGGAUUGUGAAGCCUAAAGAGGAGACAUGGUCUUCUAGAAGUACUACAUUCCCAUCUGAUUCUGUCAUUUCCCAAUCUUUGUUCGGGACCCAAAAUUACAUGUUGAAGGCUUCUGAAGGAGCUAAGAGAAUCUGCACGAAUGCACGUCUGACUCAACCACAAGAUCAUAUUAUAGCUGAGAGGAAGAGAAGAGAAAAGCUCAGCCAGAGGUUCAUAGCUUUGUCUGCUCUAGUUCCUGGAUUGAAAAAGAUGGACAAGGUUUCUGUUCUUGGAGAUGCCAUUAAGUACUUGAAACAACUCCAAGACCAAGUGAAGAAUCUUGAGGAGCAAACUAGGAAGAAAUCCAUGGAAUCUGUGGUUUUUGUCAAGAAAUAUGAACUUUGUGCUGAUGGUGAAAGUUCUUCCUCAGAGGAGAACUUCUCCGGUAGCCCUAUUGAUGAGCCUCUGCCAGAAAUUGAAGCAAGGUUUUCUGAUAAAGAAGUCCUUAUUAGAGUUCACUGUGAAAGAAAGAAAGGAAUACUGGAUAAGAUAGUUGCUGAAAUUGAGAAACUCCAUCUUACUGUUGUUAAUAGUAGUGCCAUGUCUUUCGGAGAUUCUGCUAUUGAUAUAACUAUUAUUGCUCAGAUGGACGAAAAAUUCACCACUCCACUGAAGGAUUUCAUGAAGAAUUUACGUUCAGCUCUCUUACCAUUAAUAUGAGAUGAAGAUCCUCGACCGGUUGACAUGCAAAAGUGUCUCUCUUCUACUUAAAUCUGCCUUGUAUCUUGAUGCCUAAAAGUACUAAAAAUAAUCUGUGACUACAGUUCAUCCUAAAAUCUUUGUUUUGCAGUUUUCCUGGCCAUCAAAUCCUGUGAACUCCACGCCAUUUUAAACCAUUUCCCUUUACUGUUUGCUGUGAGGUUCAUUUUGAAGGAGGGUUUUUUUCUGUCACUUUUUUUCAUGGUUGGCUAUUGUUGGCCAUGUUCUUUUAUCCUCCUGUUGUAAAGAGUGACCUCAUAGUUUGUCUAGGCCUUUUUUGGGAGGUUGAGGAAUUCAACCAAACUAAUGUUUUAGAUGGGAAAAGGGUUUUUCUUUUGGUGGAUGGAUUGGACUGGAAUUUGUAGCAGAAGGAUUAUUUGUGUUAAUGUUUUAGAGGCCUUUUUAGAAAAUGUUGUUAGGCCUCUUUUCUUUGUGAUGUCAUGUUGUUUGUAAGAACAUUGUUGACAAUAAUGUAUUAUAUUUAAAAUUUUA